CGUGGCGGAUUGAGGAAUGUGGGAGGGUAUUUCCAUCUGUUUGUUUCGGGACUUUGUUUUUGAAGUGUGUGGAUCUGAGCAAUCGGAUUUGAUUUCGUCCUGAGGGGGCUAUGCAGGGGAGAAUGGAAACAUCUGGAAAUUUUGAAUUUUUGACGACGGCCGAGCUAUGAAAUUUAUGAAUUCGUUUGCCUGUUUCUUUGGUUUUUUGGUCCUUUUCUCUUCUGGGAUGUUUACCCUCCAUAUUUCUGUUUGUGUUUAGUCGAAAUUGCAACUAACACACGAAUGGGAUCUACUAAGUAGCGGCUUUUAUUGAAAGACAAUGAAGCAGAAUGUAGCUUUUCAAAAUAACGAGAAAGUGUUGAAUUCAAAAGCUAAUAGCCAGCAUUUUUUAGCUGCUUUUAGUUUGAAUUAAGCUCUACGUAAGCGGAUCUUUUUAUAAGCAACAAAGAAAGGCUCUUUUCCCUAAAAGUGGGGGGUAAAAGAUUCAAGUUUGUAGCAGACGAGGAAUUUGGAACCUCAUCUCGUUGAGGAAUUUCGUUUCAUUUUAUGUAGAUAUAGAAUCCAAUGCUCCGAUGAAAUUGGACCUGGUUGAGAAAAGCAAAAAGAAGGUAUUUCCGUAAGAAAAGUGAAAUAGAGAAAUUUGAUCAGUUAUGUUAGAACAACUUUUGGUUAUGUUAAGUCUUCCUGGAUAAAACCACUAACUGUUUGAUUUUCCUAAAACUGCAAUGUAGUGCCUAUAUUAGCACUUCACCUUGGAAACCUCCUGUAAAAUGGAAUUGGGGGAUAAGAUAGGUUUUUACUUUUCGAAUACCUCUGGAUAUGUACGAAUUACUUGGUUCUUACUAGUUAUGUUGCACAAAUAGUUGUUUCUUUGAGUGGUGGAAGGGUAUUCAAGAGCGGGUUACAUAACAGAAAGUUCUAUUAUUUGUUUUUGGGUAUGAAUUUCCUACCAUAACUGUACCGAGGACUUCUGGUGCAGCUUUAGCUAGUCACCCCACUAAAUGUUUUUGGUUAAAAACAGAAUUAGGGGCUAGUAAUCUUGUAAACUGUGUGUUGAUAUGUUUGUAGGCAUGUAUGAUUUAAAAAUUCAGUCAUUAUAUUCUAAUCUUCUGGAAGCUGUCAGUAUGACACUUCCCCAGAAAAGACAUCUGUUUAAACAUCAUGCGGCCAGGAUCCUAGUUCAUUGCAAAGUUUUCAUGUUUGUGUAUAUCCUAAUCUCUCUGUUCACGCAACAGGGAUAUUUCAUCUGCUUAGUUCUUGCUCUUGGAUGGGCCGGUGCAGCUUAUGUCAGAAGCAGAGAAAUACGGCGGAUGAAGAAUACUAUUCGAAGUGGCAACCAUUUCGGAUUUCUUUGCUAUGAUAUCAAUGAACUCGAGCAUUCUAAGCAAGUCAAUUUGCCUAAAGUGUCUGUGGUAAUGCCUUUAAAGGGCUUCGGAGAACAUAAUUUACACAACUGGAGGAGUCAGAUUACAUCUCUUUAUGGUGGUCCUCUGGAGUUCCUUUUUGUUGUUGAUAGUAUAGAAGACCCAGCUUAUCAUGCAGUGUCUCGACUUCUGGCAGAAUAUGAGGAUGAUCUUGAUGCACGGGUCAUUGUUGCUGGUCCGUCAACAACCUGCAGUCAGAAAAUUCACAAUCAGUUGGUUGGCGUGGAAAAAAUGCAUAAAGACAGCAAAUAUGUGUUAUUUCUUGAUGAUGAUGUUAGAUUACAUCCUGGAUCCAUUGGUGCCCUUACUGCAGAAAUGGAAAAAAACCCUGAGAUUUUUAUUCAAACUGGAUACCCGCUUGAUCUGCCAUCUGGGAGCUUGGGAAGCUAUUGCAUUUAUGAAUAUCACAUGCCUUGUUCCAUGGGAUUUGCUACUGGAGGCAAAACAUUCUUUUUGUGGGGAGGUUGCAUGAUGAUGCAUGCAGAUGACUUUAGGACUGAUAAGCAUGGUGUGGUUUCAGAACUCCGGGAUGGAGGCUACUCAGAUGACAUGACUCUUGCAGCUAUAGCCGGUGCUAAUAAGAGGCUUAUUACAUCUCCACCAGUUGCUGUGUUUCCGCAUCCUCUUGCUAGUGACCUAAGCUUUUCAAGGUAUUGGAAUUAUCUGAGGAAACAAACCUUUGUUUUGGAGUCAUACACGACGAAGGUUAACUGGAUAAUGAAUCGUGCAUUAUUUUCUUCGCACUGCUAUCUCUCUUGGGGCUUUGUAGCACCAUAUUUCAUGGCAACAAUUCAUGUUGCAGCAGCUUUAAGAUGUUACUACAAAGGUUAUGCGCCUGAAGAUACAACCUUUAUAUCAACAGGAUUGUUACUGGCUAGCUGUCUUACUGUUUGCACAACUCUUGAGCUCCUUUCCAUGUGGAACUUGACCCGAAUAGAAGUUCACUUGUGCAAUCUGUUGUCUCCUGAAGCACCUCAGCUGUCUCUCGCAUCUUACAACUGGUUUCUUGUGUUUAUUGCUAUGCUGGUGGAUAAUUUUCUAUAUCCUAUUUCAGCAUUUAGAUCACACUUUUCUCAGUCAAUCAACUGGUCUGGGAUUCGAUAUCAUUUGAAGGAUGGGAAGAUACACAAGAUUGACAGACCUAAGGGUAAAGGUCCAAAGUUUACUGAUUUGGGAGGAAAACGUUUGUAUGGGAAGAAAGGAGGACAGCAUACGGCUUCUCUUCUUUAUUCAUUGUCUAGAAGUCUGGCUCAUUGGCGCCAGCCGAAGAAGUAUGAUGUGUAGGUGAAGGCAAUUUAGCAAGCAGAUAUUGUAUUCUUUUGGUCCUGGCCUGGUACCAACUACCACAAUGGGAUCUUUGGGGUCUUUAUUUUUCCCCAUCCGCAGAAAAUGGAUCAGAGUUAAUUUGUAGCUUCCUUAUUGAUUUUGCAUCCCCCAUAUUGAUUGGUUAGAUCGAUUGAUUGAUUAUUCAGGGUUCUAGUCGGCCAGUUUUUUUUUUUUUUUUAAUUGUAAUGAUCCAUCGUGUAAUUUAUGGAAAAAAAAUGUAUCCAUUUAUAUUUAUGCCAAUCAGUUUAUUUGUAAACUGGUUUCUUGACUGCAGUGCACGUAACUUUUACAUAUCCUUUCUUUAUUUCCUCUUUCACGGAAUUUUAUUUCCUGCGGACGGCCCUAUACUGGGUAUCGAACAGAUAACAGGUGUCCGUAAGUAGCUUGAUUUGAAAUUUUUACUAUAAAAUGCUGAAGUUCAUUUACAA